UUGUUGGUGUGCAAUUGGUCUUCAUCUGUCAGUCUCUGAGCUCGGUUUUCUAGUCGGGAAGCAGACAACAGGUCCCAAACACCUCCCUCUCUCUGUGUAACGUAGGCUCCACCACUGGCUCGUAUAAACAUGUUGUUGACGCCACAGACAGUCAGAGAUAGGCUACCUGGUCGGCCUGCACCGUCCCCUCUGGCGCGCUCCAGGAGAACAGCAUGUUUACAGAUAGGCGACGGCUGCUGCUGUUGCGAGCUAUACUGAGCAUCUGUGCCUUUAAAGACUUGUAAGUGCGCCUCUAUCAGAGCCCGCAGUCAACUUCCCACAACCCCGACGCGCUCGGCGAGUAGAGUAGAGCUACCUUGACCAUAAAGGCACUGGCUCACCUUCACAACUAGACCCAUGGAAUAAUAACUAUGGAAUACCACUGGAUACUGCUGUCUGUCUUUUUGCAGUUCACCUUCCAUCCAGGCAACACAAAGCCCACUAUCACCCCUGCCGGCCCCCACCUUGUCGUCCAGCUCAACGCACCCUUCGACCUGCGUUGCCAGGGUGAGAGGAACAUGCAGUGGCAGCGGGAGGACCGGCUGAAGGUGCGGGGAGAGAAAAAAACUGUCGGGAUGUCCACUCUGCACAUCGGCCGGGCUCAGCCUCUUAACAUGGGUCGCUACAUCUGCCUGGAGGAGAGCUCCAGAGAGAAAACCUCCAUCUAUGUCUUUGUCAAAGAUCCCGACAAUCCGUUCAGAAAAUCAAUGGUGUCCAACAUUCUCACUCGAGUGGGAGACUCUGUUUCCAUCCCCUGCCUAGCAACUGAUCCAAGUCUGGUCGACCUGCGCCUAGAAACGUGUUCCAGUAGAGUUCUGGCCCCUGGUCUCCAGUACUCUGCGAGCCUGGAGCAAGGCAUCACCAUCCACAACACACAAAAGGCCUACGAAGAUUGCUAUGUGUGCACAGGAACGCUCAGAGAACAGCACGUCAGAUCACGUGACUACUAUCUGACAGCGAAACCAGUCCCUGUUGCUCCUCCUGUGAUUGAGAUGCAGGCACCCAAAAGAAUGAUUCUCACCUGGGAUGAGAGUCUCUUAAUCACCUGCAACACCACCAACGUCAAUGGAGAAAUUAAGCUGAAGUGGGUCACCCCGCCUGGCUCGGGUGCCGUCUGGUAUCCACAGCAACCACCAAAGGUUGACGGUGCUUCACGUAUCCUGACGGAGGACUUUACUCACGUACGCAGUGCCACAUUGCACAUUGCGGCGGUCGGACCACAGGACGCUGGGAGGUACCAGUGUGAAGCCGAGAACGAGAAAGGGGUCAACAUGCAAUCAGUGUGGCUCGAUGUUUAUGAAAAAGGGUUCAUCAGCUUAACCCACAUAAACAACAGAACCAUCCAUGUCCGUUCAGGCGAGAGUUUGUCCCUAAACGUUGACAUGGAGGCUUACCCAAAGCCAUACAUCUCCUCCUGGAGCUUCAUGGGCCACGAGCUCAAGAAUACAACCGACCAUGUCAUCACCACACACAGUCAUGAGUACAGGUACGGCAGCGAGCUGAGGUUGGUGCGACUGAAAACGUCAGAAGGUGGAGUUUACACCUUUCAAGCUUCCAAUGGUGACGCAUCAGUGAAUCAGACAUUUACCAUCUUUGUUAUCAGUAAACCUGAAAUUGUAUCGCAUGAAGGCCCGGUGGACGGACAGGUACGCUGUGUGGCGGAGGGGUUCCCUGCCCCACAGAUCACCUGGUACUACUGUGAGCAGCCCUAUGUCAGGUGCUCCCAACAGGUGAAUGCCACCCAGGAAGAGCACAAUAUCAUCACUGUGACACUGUUCAGUCCCAUGUUUGGAAAGACAGAGGUGGAGAGUCGAGUGAACAUCAGCAGGGGACGAUUCAAUACUCUGGAGUGUGUGGCCACAGUGCAGGGAGAGCAGGCCUACACACUCUUCUCCAUCAGUGAGAGGACUGUUCCCCAUGAUCUAUUCACCCCUCUGCUAAUUGGCUCUGUAUCAGCAGCAGCCAUCCUCUGUCUUGUUCUUAUCAUGCUGUUCUACAAGUAUAUGCAGAAACCCAAAUACCAGAUACAGUGGAAAGUUAUCGAGGGCAUCCACGGCAAUAACUAUGUGUACAUUGACCCCACCCAGCUGCCGUAUGAUCACAAUUGGGAGUUUCCUCGAAACAACUUGCGUUUUGGGAAGACACUGGGAUCUGGUGCAUUUGGAAAAGUGGUGGAAGCAACUGCGUAUGGACUCUCCAAAGCAGAUUCAGUCAUGACGGUGGCUGUGAAAAUGCUCAAAUCAAGCGCUCAUGCCACAGAGAAAGAGGCACUGAUGUCAGAGCUGAAAGUCCUCAGUUACUUGGGAAACCACAUGAAUAUUGUCAACCUGCUGGGAGCCUGCACUGUUGGAGGCCCUACACUGGUGAUUACAGAGUACUGCUGUUUCGGAGACCUCCUUAACUUUCUACGCAGAAAGAGAGAAUCCUUCAUCUGCUACAAGCUCGAGGAAGACUGCUACUACCGCAACGUCGUGCCACAGAGAGACGCAGCUGGUGACAGCUUGAACGGCUACAUGACCAUGAGGCCUUCUGCUGCUGGCAACCUUCCUUUCAGCUCAUCUUCUGAGAAGAGACGCUCACUGCGCAAAGGUGGCUCUUACGCUGAAGCAGAUGUUGAGAGUGAAAUGUUUGACGAGGAUGGUCUGUCUCUAGACACUGAAGACCUUCUCAGCUUCUCCUACCAAGUGGCCAAAGGCAUGGAAUUCUUAGCCUCCAAAAAUUGUAUCCACAGAGAUCUGGCAGCCAGAAAUAUCCUACUGACUCAAGGAAGAGUGGCAAAGAUAUGUGAUUUUGGCCUGGCCCGGGACAUCACCACAGACUCCAACUAUGUAGUCAAAGGCAAUGCUCGUCUUCCAGUGAAAUGGAUGUCUCCAGAAAGUAUCUUCGAGUGCGUGUAUACGUUUGAGAGUGAUGUGUGGUCAUAUGGCAUCUUGCUCUGGGAGAUCUUCUCACUGGGAAACAGUCCUUAUCCUGGUAUGCCUGUCGAUGCCAAGUUCUACAAACUGAUAAAAGAAGGAUACAGACUGGAUGCGCCAGAGUUUGCACCCAGUGAAAUGUAUCAGAUUAUGCGGUCCUGCUGGGAUGCUGACCCCUUCAACAGACCCCCCUUCAGGAAGGUCGUGGAAAGGAUUGAACAACAGCUGUCAGAUGCCACUAAGCAUAUUUAUCUCAACUUCAGCUCCAGGAUUCCUGUGACGCCCGGAGCCAGGGAGGAGCCGAGUUCUCAGAGCAUGGCGUUUCACCCAAACUCAGCCGGCAGUAAUAGCGCUCCAACCCAGCCCUUACUGGUCCAACAUGAGGUCUACCUGGAGGGGACAACCCUCAGAGCCCAACGGGUGUAAGGACCCACCCAACCUGUCUUGCUGCCUCAUAAAGUGCCUGGAAUGUUCCGCCACAAACCACCCAAACACUACACCUGCCCACCCCCACCCCCCACCCCCCGAUACCAAUGGCAUUUGAUGUCACGUGUCGCAGACAGAAUGGUAAUUGCCAUUUGUUGCUAGAAAGAACAACAAAGGAAGAAUGGCUUUUAUCAUUGCUAUCACUAUUAUUGCCUACUGAUUACAGGGAGAAAAGUUGGACUAAUGCUCCCCUGCUCACAGCAAGUAACUCUUAAGGCACCGGGGAGGCGGAGGGACUCUAAAACUGUUGUACAUUAUCACUGCUAUCUGUUUUGUUAUUUUGAGUUUUUCAGUCAAAUUUUUCCUACAUAUUUCAUAAAGAUUGUUUUGUUGUUUUUUGGCACUCCGUAUGUAACUGAGAUGUUUCUUUCUAUCUAUUUGGAGUUUUUUUCUUUUUAUUACAUUUUGUGUUUUGUUAUUCUUUGUUGUUUUUCUGUCAUGGACAUUUUAUGUAGUGUUUUUAUUUUGGUUGGCUGUUGCAAUUGUCGGAGGAAAAAAAGCACUUGAGGCACUUGAAAUUCACAUCACUCCAUACACCACGUAUACACCAGCUUUCAUUUAUUUUUUUUAUUCUUUUAUUGUCAGUAUUAUUUCCAUCUGUUCAGCUUUAUGUUUAUAUGAAGGAUAUAAUUUUCAGGGGCCAAUUCAAAUUGAGAUAUCAAGACACUGGUAUAUAAGCUACAGUAUUAGUAGACAACAUGGUAGACAUGCUUAGAGUCCAUAAGUGCUUCAAGUUGAUUAGUUGAUACAUUUCUGCUCAUUUUAUGUUGGAUGUCACUACCUAGAGAGCAAAUAACUUUCUUUACAGGAUUUGAUUAACAGAUACACUUAUUUAUACCAUGUAUCAGCCCAUUAUUACUUUACAUACACAGUUGUCUUCAGAGAUGUGGUAUAGACAUGGUACUCUAGCUUUUCAUUUAUGUGCUUGUUGACUGUAUAUGUGUACAUAUCUGUAGAUAAUGAUACUAAUCAUUACAAUAUGAUGAGAGUUAAACAUUUGACAAAGAAGACACUCUGUGAUGCCUGUAACUCUGAGGAGCUUCAGCGUUCGUCCUGGUUUUGUUACAUAUAAGUAAUCCAGGUGUAUAGUUUCACUUUUUGACAACUGGACUGCUGGAGAGUUCUCUUGUAAAGGUGUAAAUAACUGUUCAGGUUUAUAUGGUUUCUCUCCUGCCACAUCCAGUGUAUGAUCUUUGUUUACAAGCAUGAGACAGGUACUGCCAUUUCUGAGAUGUGUUUUCUCUGCUUUACACCUUCUACCCCUUCAUGAAGGACCAGGAAACAGGAACUUGUCUGUUUAGGCUGACAGGCAGUUGGUGUGUUUUUUGCCCAUACUGCUGCUGAAGUUCUCUAUUGUAUAUAUCAUGAUCAAGUCAGGGCGAUGCUAAUGUGAAAUGCCAUUAAGUGAACUGCAGUAAUCUCUGAGGCAACAAGCCAGAUGAAGACUGAGGGUCAUCAAGGCUCAACACUGAGUAAGAGUGGCUCAGUGUGUUGGUCAUCUCAUUGUUCCCCCGGCCAGUAGCUGGUUUCCCAGCAGUCCUUCUCCUCUUUGUAUCCAGCUGUUUCCUCCAUCAGAAGUGGGUCUAUCAGUAGCUCUCAGCCAGUAGUCUGUUCCAGUUCAGACCAUUACGAUUCCCCUCUUCCCACUGGUGGAUGUUGUUGUGAAGAGCACCAGGAAAGUGUCCUGUUUGUGUGUAUGAACAUGUGUUUGUGUGUGUUUGUAUGCGUGAGAGCAUGCACGUCUACUCGUCUUUGUAUGCGUGUCUGUAUGUUUGCAGAAUUAAAAGAAUUAUUGUUAUAAGAGGUGCCACUACUAAAGAUUCAUCAAAGUCGUUUAGGCUACUAAAACCCCACAGUCUUACUGCUCUGUCUUUUUGUAAAUAUAAAUGUGCAUAUGUUGUAAAGUAAUGUUGAUGCUUUUGAAGAUGUUUAUCUUACUGAAGAUGUGGUACAUUCAUGCAAAUUUUUAUUAUGCUGUAUUUUCUUACGUGUGCACAGAUUUCCAACUGUAGACUCAACUGGAAAACGCUGCUUGUGUCUCUGUCACCAUGGUAACUUAAAUGGAAGAGAUUCGCUUUAGCUAAUGUUUUGAUUUUGGCUAAUUGAUCAUUUCGACCCAUGUGCCAGUUCACUUGGUAACUGCCACAGUAAAACAGGCUAAACUGUUCUCAAUGGUCAUAUCAGACCAUCAGUAUUUAUGGCAAUAUCAGUCAAAAAUGACAUUACUGUAUCUUACAACCUGGAGGGAGAUGUCUGAGACAAAUAGAGAUUAUUUUUCAUUUCAUUGCUCCCCUAACAUCUUAGAGGUUUUUCCUGCAUUUUGCUACAUAUUUAUUAAACCUAAGGCUUUAGUGUUACCAUGUAAAUUUGAUGUGUUGCUGUUACAUAUGUCAAUGUAAAUAAAAUUGUGUAUAUUGAAUUCCCAAUGAAA